CCUGUUUCAGUUGCCCUUUUCUAAAAUGGCGACCAUAAGCGAAUUGAAAGCAGUUUUAAAAGAUACACUGGAGAAGAGAGGGACUUUGGGGCAAAUAAAAGCGAGGAUCCGAGGAGAGGUGUUCAACGCGCUGGAUGAUCAAAGCGAACCACGGCCACCGCUGUCCCGUGAAAACCUUCUUAUCAACGAACUGAUCCGUGAAUACUUGGAAUUCAACAAAUACAAGUACGCGGCGUCUGUUCUAACAGCAGAAUCUGGCCAGCCAGAAGUUCCCUUGGACAGAGACUUUCUGGUGAAAGAGCUAAAUGUCGUUGAAGAUCCAAACAGCAGAUCGGUGCCGCUUUUGUAUGGGAUUGUGGCCCAACUGUUGCUCUCUGAUAGAGAAGAAAAGGCCCGCCAGACGUUCCCUGGAUCAUCGUCCUUGCAGUUGUCAAGGUGGAACUUUGGCAAGGCAGCUAACCAGAGGAGGCCAAUGGCUGCGGUUUCAGAGCUGGCCAGGCUUGAAGACCCCUCAAUUUUCCAGGGCAUACCGAGAUGA